CGCGGAUUCUGGGAAGGCGCCUACGCCGUUGGCGCAGCGCUGCCCCAGACCGGCCCCUCGCCCCCACGUCAACAACGGAGGCUUGGCGGCCCGGAUUUACUCUGUCGUGGCUGACGCAACGCCUUCGUGCGGGACGUAGACGGAAGAGAGAGGCGAGUGAGCUGGCGCCAGAACCAGCCCGGCUUGGACAGAGGGUCGGGCUGCUGGGCCGGGGGCGGCGGCUGCGAGGCAGAUAAUUUUAACCAGUGACCUCGUCUCAGCAUGUUGAGUCAAGUUUAUCGCUCUGGGUUCAAGCCCUUCAACCAACAUCUUCUGCCCUGGGUCCAGUCUACAGCUGUUUCCAGAUCUCGUCGUGUCCAGCCCUCAGCAGUCAGACAUGUUCGUUCUUGGAGCAACAUCCCCUUUAUCACUGUACCUCUCAGUCGAGCACAUGGAAAAUCCUUUGCCCACCGCAGUGAGCUGAAACAUGCCAAGAGAAUUGUGGUGAAGCUUGGCAGUGCCGUGGUGACCCGGGGGGAUGAGUGCGGCCUGGCACUGGGGCGGCUGGCUUCUAUUGUUGAGCAGGUGUCGGUGCUGCAGAACCAAGGCCGAGAGAUGAUGCUGGUGACCAGCGGAGCCGUUGCCUUCGGCAAGCAGCGCCUGCGCCAUGAGAUCCUUCUGUCUCAGAGUGUGCGGCAGGCCCUGCACUCGGGGCAGAACCAGCUGAAGGAGAUGGCAAUUCCAGUUUUGGAGGCACGAGCCUGUGCAGCUGCCGGGCAGAGUGGCCUGAUGGCUUUGUAUGAGGCCAUGUUCACCCAAUACAGCAUCUGUGCUGCCCAGAUUUUGGUGACCAAUUUGGAUUUCCAUGAUGAGCAGAAGCGCCGGAACCUCAAUGGGACACUGCAUGAGCUCCUCCGAAUGAACAUCGUUCCUAUUGUCAACACGAACGAUGCUGUGGUCCCCCCAGCCGAGCCCAACAGCGAUCUUCAGGGGGUAAAUGUUAUUAGUGUUAAAGAUAACGAUAGUUUGGCUGCACGUCUGGCCGUGGAAAUGAAAACUGACCUCUUGAUUGUUCUUUCAGAUGUAGAAGGCCUCUUUGACAGCCCACCGGGGUCGGAUGACGCGAAGCUCAUUGAUAUAUUUUAUCCUGGAGAUCAGCAGUCUGUGACGUUUGGAACCAAGUCUAGAGUGGGAAUGGGUGGCAUGGAAGCCAAGGUGAAGGCAGCCCUCUGGGCUUUGCAAGGUGGCACUUCCGUUGUUAUUGCCAAUGGAACCCACCCAAAGGUGUCUGGACAUGUCAUCACUGACAUCGUGGAAGGAAAGAAAGUUGGCACCUUCUUUUCAGAAGUAAAACCUGCAGGCCCCACUGUUGAGCAGCAGGGAGAAAUGGCUCGAUCUGGAGGAAGAAUGUUGGCCACUUUGGAACCUGAACAGCGAGCAGAAAUUAUCCAUCAUCUGGCUGACCUGUUGACCGACCAGCGUGAUGAGAUCCUGUUGGCCAACAAAAAGGACUUGGAGGAGGCAGAAGGGCGGCUCGCAGCCCCACUGCUGAAGCGUCUCAGCCUCUCCACAUCAAAGCUCAACAGCCUGGCCAUCGGACUGCGACAGAUUGCAGCCUCCUCGCAGGACAGCGUGGGCCGUGUCCUGCGCCGGACCCGAGUUGCCAAAAACCUGGAACUAGAGCAAGUGACUGUCCCCAUUGGAGUCCUCCUGGUGAUCUUUGAAUCUCGCCCUGACUGUCUACCUCAGGUGGCAGCCUUGGCUAUUGCAAGUGGUAAUGGCUUGUUACUCAAAGGAGGAAAGGAAGCCACACACAGCAACCGAAUUCUUCACCUCCUCACCCAGGAGGCCCUCUCCAUCCAUGGAGUCAAGGAAGCCGUACAGCUCGUAAACACAAGAGAAGAAGUGGAAGACCUCUGCCGCCUGGACAAAAUAAUAGACCUUAUCAUCCCACGCGGCUCUUCCCAGCUGGUCAGAGACAUCCAGAAAGCUGCCAAGGGCAUCCCGGUGAUGGGGCACAGUGAAGGGAUCUGCCACAUGUACGUGGACUCAGAGGCCAGUGUGGAUAAGGUCACCAGACUGGUGAGAGACUCAAAGUGUGAGUACCCGGCUGCCUGCAAUGCCCUGGAGACCUUGCUGAUCCACCGCGACCUGCUGAGAACACCCCUUUUUGACCAGAUCAUUGAUAUGCUGAGAGUGGAGCAGGUGAAAAUUCACGCGGGCCCCAAGUUUGCAUCCUAUCUGACCUUCAGCCCCUCAGAAGUCAAGUCACUCCGAACUGAAUAUGGAGACCUGGAAUUGUGCAUUGAAGUGGUGGACAGUGUCCAGGAGGCCAUUGACCACAUCCACAAGUACGGCAGCUCCCACACAGAUGUGAUCGUCACCGAAAACGAGAAAACAGCAGAGUUCUUCCUCCAGCACGUGGACAGUGCCUGUGUGUUCUGGAAUGCCAGCACCCGUUUCUCUGAUGGCUAUCGCUUCGGACUAGGAGCUGAAGUGGGCAUCAGCACCUCACGGAUCCACGCCCGGGGACCAGUGGGGCUUGAGGGACUGCUGACCACCAAGUGGCUGCUACGUGGGCAGGACCAUGUGGUCUCAGACUUCUCAGAGCAUGGAACCCUGAAAUAUCUUCACGAGAACCUCCCCGUUCCCCAGCGAAACACCAACUGACACAAGCUAGGGAAACCCAACCAUGUUCCCAGGGGAACCUGAACUUGUGUUGGUCAUCUCAGGGGAGAAGUCAAACACUGACUCUCAUCCAGCUCUCACAAGGGCCCUGCAGUUGGAAAAUCCGCCUAUGUGCCCUGGGCUUCAUUUGACAAUCCUUGUCUUGAAUUCCAGCUCACCUCUUGUGGUUUUUGUUGUUGUUGUUUUGUUUUAAUAAUUCCUGCGAAUUGAGACUUGAUUUUGCCCAGCCUGGUUCCCUGGAUGAUAGAAACCCAAGGCUGGACUUGCCUGCACAUAAAAGGCAAAGGAAAAUCGCAGCUGCUUUUUCAUAUGGCCUCAGUGAGGUAACAUCUCCCUGGGCAUUCAGUCGGUACCAAAGCCCUUCUUUCCUAAGAAGACCGUUCACAUUUCACAUCCUUCCUUUUACACGCCAUCAUCCUCACAAAGGAAGAGUUGGCAGCCUGGGAAAGGGACAUCCUUCUUUAAAGCAUUCUUAUCGGAGGCGAUCACAAAAGCAGUCAGCCUCGUCUCGGCCGGGAAGCGGUGGGUCUGUGUUUGUGGAGAGGAGGAGCAGUCCACCUGCCUGUGG